UUUGGUCAGACAAGUGCGUGUAGUUGUCCGACAGAAGGUGGCCCAUUGUUGCUUUAAAUCUGUUUUAAAUAUAUAUAUACAUAUAUUUGCCCCAGACUUUAGGUGGAGCAACAUGUUCCCGAAUGUUCUCUGGCUAUGUAUUUGAAGGGAGUAAAAUUGCUUGCGGGAUAUGAGCCGCAUUUCAUGUUCUUUGGACAUUGUUGAUCGCGCUGGAAAUAAGCGAGCUAAACCUUUGCGUGGAGUCGUGUUGACACUGAUGCUUAUGACUUUGCGCCGUUGAUUCACCGUUGAUUUGCCAAAAGAAAGAUGAGAGUUGACGUAGGCUACUAAACUGGCACAUUAGGUUCAGCGUUGAAUUAACUUACACAUAUUUGCCACCUAACCGGUCUUGGCAAAUGUAGAAUUCGGUUUUCUUCUGCUGACUGAAACUGCUACUUCGGUUAAUCCGGUGAACAGAGCGCGGAGCCGGACAGGGAGCUCACCAAUUUAAAUGGACACGUUCUGACGGCUUGGUUUGCUGGUUCCCGAUGGAGACGGAGAUGUCUGACCCCGGUUCGGACGAAGAACAAACGGCACAGACUCCGAUGGAAGAAGAUAGUCACAGCAGUGGAAGCACACGAAAGGGCUGUGACCCGCUGUCUCAGACGCAGCGCAGCAGACUGCAGCACCGCCGCGCGCGCAUCAACCAGCAGAUCAACAAGGAGAUGCGCAUGAGGGCCGGGGCGGAGAACCUCUUCAGGGCUACCAGUAAUCAGAAGGUGAAGGAGACGGUGGCUCUGGAACUCAGCUUCGUUAACUCCAACCUGCAGCUGCUGAAGGAGGAGCUGGAGGAGCUCAACAGCAACAUGGAGGUGUAUCAAACCGACAGCGAGGCCGUUAAUGUUCCCAUGAUCCCGCUGGGCCUGAAGGAGACGAAGGAAGUGGACCUCUCUGUUCCUCUGAAGGACUUCAUCUGUGAGCACUAUGGAGAGGACGGGGCCCAGUAUGAGGGCGAGAUCAGAGAGUUCAUGCAGCUCAGACAGGCUAUGCGCACUCCCAGUAGGAAUGAGGAAGGGCUUGAGUUGUUAAUGGAGUUCUACAACCAGCUCUACUUCCUGGAUCACCGUUUCUUUCCGCCCAAUAAGACGCUAGGGGUGCACUUCCACUGGUACGACUCCCUGACAGGGGUACCCUCCUGCCAGCGCUCCCUGGCUUUUGAGAAGGGCAGCGUGCUCUUCAAUAUCGGGGCACUCUACACCCAGAUCGGGGCGAGGCAGGACCGGUCCAGCGUCCCAGGCAUCGACUGCGCCAUCGACGCCUUCCAGAAAGCAGCCGGUGCGUUUAACUACCUGAAGGAGAACUUCUCGAACGCGCCCAGUCUGGACAUGAGCGCGGCGUCGCUGUGCAUGCUGGUCCGGCUGAUGGUGGCGCAGGUGCAGGAGUGCGUGUUCGAGAGAGCGCUGCUGCUGCAGGACGCGUGUUUCACCUCCCUCCUGCAGGUGGCGCAAGAAGCUGCGCGGGUAUCAGACGUGUACUCGCUGGUGCAGCAGACCAUGACUCAGCCUCUGGUGAAGGACUACGUGCCGUUCUCCUGGGCCACCAUGGUGCAGGUCAAGACCGAGCACUUCCGCGCCCUCUCCCACUACUACGCCGCCGUGGCUCUGUGUGACCACGCCCAGGCCCCGGAGGAGGAUGACGGGGCGGGAGAGAAGGCUCUGAUGCAGCUGCACAUUAGGGAGCCAGAGGGCGUGGACCUCAGGGAGCUACUGAGGAACCCGGAGGAGAGACGCAAACUGGGUAAAGCUCACCUUCGGUGUGCAGUCAUGCGGCACGAGGAGUCCCUGCGGCUGCACGGUCUGUGCAAGAUCCUGCGCAAGAUGGACAUCCUGCAGGAGGUGCUGUCCUUCACACACAGACGCUCGCUGGACAAGUACUCCGACAUCGACCGCGAGGACGACUUCUUCGAGAUCGCCGAAGCCCCCAAUAUCCACUCUAAAACUCAGCAGAAGCCGGACAUUCAGACGCCGGACUUCUCCUCGGUCAGAGUGAGCGACAUCUUCCACCGGCUGGGCCCGUUGGCGGUGUUUUCGGCCAGGAACAGGUGGGGGCCGCGGCGGCAGGUGCACCUGGUGAGAGGAGAGGCCGGCCUGGGCCUCACUCUGAGGGGAGACUCACCUGUGCUCAUCGCCGGAGUGGUACCAGGAGGCAGUGCAGCGGAGGCGGGGCUAAAGGAGGGAGAUUACAUCAUCUCUGUGAACGGGGUGGACUGCAAGUGGGCGAAGCAUGCAGAGGUGGUGCAGCUCCUGAAGACAUGCAGCGACGGAGGGGUGGAGCUAAGCGUCAUCACUCUACUGACCCCUGAGCUACAGCAGGAGAGGAGGUCAGUGCUGAUGUCCCUUAGCAGGGACAAGGAAAACACCUGCGAGGGGAACCAGGGUGGGGCCAGGGGGCGUGGCUCCCUACUGAACUGGACAAGGAGGAAGAGUGGGGGAGGUGCGGGAGGAGGGGGGACCACCAAGAGACCCGCUAGCACCUUCAGCCUUCUGCCUUUCGGAAACCUGCGGGACAGCGGGGCCAUGUACUGAUCCACAGAGAGAGAGAG